ACAAUGAAGAUAUCAACUCAAUCUAUUCUGAUGGAAGUGAAGAAUCUAUACAUGCAGAAUGGAGGAAAAAUGCUGGUCUUAAACGAUAUAGAGCAAGAGCUCCGAUAUCCAAAUUCGUCGGAAAAAAUAUUGGUCAAAAAUUAGCUUGGCUCGCACAAGAACUAAGGGAAAAAGUAGAAUAUACCUUUAUUAAAGUCGAACUAAAGAAAAAAACAAGUGAAAGUUGUAUCGCAAUUUACUUCAACAAAAAAGAAGAAUUAAAAAAGGCUCUUGACCUUGAAUUUCAAAAUGAUAACAAAGAAAUAUUCAAAUUAGAAGAAAAAGUACUCAAUAGACAAACAAAAAAUAAGGAGUACAUGCAUAAACGAGUUAUUAUCUGGGAUUUACCUGUAAACAUAAAAAAACAGGAAUUGAGGGCUGAAAUAGAGCACAGAUAUGGUAAAGUGGAGUCAAUCGUUACAAAUCUGGCAGAUAUGUGGCAAAAAGCACAUGUUACAUUUGUAGAACAAGAAGAUGCAGAUAAUUUCCUUAAAUCCUGGUCACAAAUCAUUGGAGAAGAAGUAGUUAGAGUUACACCACCAGGGUUCACUGCAGAACAACUAAAAAACAGGGGUGAACAUGCAGUAAGGGUAAUUGGCAUUCCUCCUGGGAUGACCCCAGCAGAAUUAUACAAUGGACUGAAUCAAAUUGGAGCACAAACCUGUUACGUUCCUCGUAAUACCUUCUAUGCUCGUAAAAGGAUGGCUAUAGUAGCAUUCGAAUCUGAAGAAAUAAAAAAUCAUGCGAUAGGACAUACAUGGACCACAGAUAAUUUCACAAUUAAUUUGUUAGAUAUUAAAAUUAAAACAUGCCGACGUUGUCACGACCCUGGACACUUGGUUAAAGAAUGUCCCAUUACACUCCGCACUUCAGCACAGACACAGAAACUACAAGAAAGAAUGGAUAAAUUUGGCACACAAAAUGUCAGAGGAAUAAAUGACAACUUAAAACAAAAUAUGUGGUGGGAAUUUUGUGAGAAAAAAACCCUUGAUAUAGUCUUAUUAACAGAAACAAAAACAACGAAAGACUCUGAGAAAAAUAUAUUUAUCGAUCAAGUUCUGCUAGCAAAAAAGAGAUCACAAGACCCAGUAUAUAAAACAUGGUGGUCAUCUGUAUUAGAAGCAAAUAACAAUAAUAUGGGUUCAGGAUUAGGCCUAAUGAUUAAAACGCAGCUCGCUCAACACGUAUACAAAGUAAACAAAUUCCCAGGUCAUGGAAUUAGUAUUUUACUAUCUUUCAAAAGGAAGAUAGUGUUUCAGAUAGUUGGUAUUUACGUACCUAAUCAAUACUCGAACAAUAAUAACACAAUCGCCCCUCUAAGAACAUGGUUACACAAUCAAAUUUCCCAAGCAUUAUCAAAUAAUUGGAUCUCAAUAUUAUUAGGAGAUUGGAAUGCAGUAUCCAAUCCUAAAAUAGACCGCUUUCCAGAAAGAAAACAAACCUCACCAGAAGGAAGUAUUUUACAAUCGAUCAUAUAUAAUGGAUAUAUUGAUACCUAUAGAUUUAUUAAUGGAGAUAAACAAGAAUAUUCAUAUCACCAAUACCAUAACAAUGUCCUUAGAAGUCAAAGCAGAAUCGACUCAAUAUGGGUACAUGACGUCAAUAAAAAUAUAAUAAUGAAUGCAAAAAUUGAAGAUACGUCUCUAAUCAUUAAAAGUGACCACUUAUGUGUGACUAUGAAAAUAAAUGUACAGAAAUACUGUGACAAAGACAACUUUGCGAAAUAUAAAAAGAUGAAUUAUCGAGUACCGCGACUAUGGAAUUUAAAGAUGGCCGACAAGGAAAAUUGGGAACAAUUUACAACACAAGUAGAGCAAGCAUCUAGACAAUAUCUUCUAUCACAUAAUGAUAAUAAUAGUACAGUAGAAUCAAUAUGGCAAUCACUUAAAUCGAUAUUGAUUACAGCAGGCAACAAAAAUUUACCCAAAGCUAAAGAGCCAAAAAACCGUACAAAUGUUAUAUGGUGCAAACAUCCAAGUUAUCCUUUAUUAAAUCUAGCAAAUAAAUUAUAUAAAUUGGGAAGAAAGCUAAAAGAUAACAAAAACUUAAAUAAAUCAAAUCAAUCCUUUAGUUCGAUUUCUAAAAUAAUUUCAAAACUAGCUAUUACAUAUAAUGUGAAUAUAGAUCCAUAUCCUUCAAAUGAUGAUGAAUUAAAUCAAGAAAGAUGGAUAGAAAAUAUAAAACAAUGGUGGACCAUUACCAGAAAGAUUGUCAAACGAGAUCUUAUAAGGGAAAAACAACGUGAAAUCAAACAGAAAAUCGAAGUGAGACAAACUAUGCUGAAUACAAAACCAAAAUCUAUGAUAGAUCGAGUUUUAAAUCGAGAAUCAAGACAAAUUGUCCUGAACAGGAUUAUACAAAACCAAAAUGAUAAUACCGUCACAAUAAUUACUGACCCUGAACAAAUAAAAAGUUGCGUACAAGAACAUCUUUACCAGUGGACGGAAGGCACUGAAAUUACCAACACUGCGCUAAACCAAAGAUGGGCACAACAGUAUAAACCCAUAACAGAUAUCAAAGAUACUAUCUAUAACUCACUAAUAGCAACAAUUUAUGAGGAUGAAGUCGCUAAAAUCAUUAAACUUAUGAGUAAUAAUAAAGCUCCAGGGCCAUCGUUAAUACCUUAUGAG